GCCACUAGCAGCAGCAACCACCGUCCGCAUCUACAUCCAGCAACCCGUCGAGACCCAGUCCCCCCGAUGCGGUCGUAAGGGAGGCGAGCCACCUGCUGCUGCUGCUGCUGAUACUGCUGCUAUCACUGGCAGAGCUGGAGAAGCUGCUCCAAACUGCCCAGGUGACAUCCGGCGGCUGAGGGCGCAGCUCAGCGCAGCACCUCGGGAGCGACGGAACUGAUUGCGAUCGCGGACGCGGACAGGGAGUAGCGGCCAUCAUGAACGCCAGCCUCAUCUACGAGAUCCUUAUGUAUUUGAACUCGUUCUACUUCGGCAUGUACGCCGCCUUCGAGGUGGGCGUGGGCGUGCUAAAGGCCAUCAAUCUCAGCUACGGGGAGAAUGCGUUGUCCCGCGAGGCGAGCAUCCUGCUCUCCCUGUGCAUCGUCGAGACCCUGCGCAUCGUCUUCGGCCGCAAGAGCAGUCUCAGCGAUCGUGGCUGGCAAGCAACCGCAUCCGUAAUAUUAACACUGCCCAGUCUUGCUAUUGUUAUCUACUUGUGUUGUUUUCAAACCUAUGUUCUCAAACUCGAAAUUAUUCUGAGUGCCUUAAUGAUCACCCUACAAGGUGCUGAACUAGUCUACGCCAGCAUAUUCAUUUGUACAAUGUGUCGCCCCGUGACAUAUACCUAGCAGUUGAUAAACCACGUUGCCGCCGCCACGACAACGACCAAGAUCGAGAUUAAGACCAAGCCAGCUCUAGCCAUCCUCCCUCCUGGAGGAAAAGGAAGACAAAGUGAAGGAGGAGGAGGAGGAGGAGGAGGAACAUACAAAGCCGAAGAGGCUGAAACAAUAGCUGAGCGACAACUACGACGAAGACGACGAGACGACACCUUCCUGUGGCACUUUCACUUCCAGCGAUACGCCAAAGCCUUCCAGGCUUGGCCAUUUUGAUGCCAGACUAAGCCAACCGAACCGCACUCUCUCGACCAUUUCAAGGAUUCACUUCCCAGCACUAAGAUCGCGAAUCCCGAACCCAAACAAACCCAUUAGGGCUGACACUGCAGGAAGGAUUUUCCCCCAG